GUCCACAUAUUUCACACAUUCCGACAUUGAAUGGAAUUAUUGCUCAGUCGUAUUUUUGAUGAACAAUUGUAAUAGUGUGUUUUUAGGUUCUUUUUUCUUUCCAAAUAUUUUGGAAUUUUAUUUCUUUGUGAAUUUAACUUUUACUAUUUUGGGUACGCAAUAUUACUAAGAUAUUAUGCCACCCCCAAGACCGAGGGGAGUGGGAUAUAAUACAGGAGUCACAACAUCUAGGCCCAGCCCGAAUACACCGAUGUCUGAGAGACAGCAAAUGGCACUGCUAAUUCAGAUGACGGCGAACUCGACGACAGAGGCCUCCAGAUCGCACAUCAAGAAGAAUGAGCAUAAAAAAGGUGAUGAUGCCGAAGAUGUUAACUCCUCCGAAAAACAUGAUCAUUCAGAAAGCAGCCGCGAUAAAUUAACCACAGAUGAAGUUAAUACUGAGAAUAAGAGUGAACAUGAUAAUAUUGUCAAUACAGCAGAAAACCCAUCGUCAAGCCAAGGAAAACGUAAUUACUCAGAUAUAGAUGAUGAGGAUUUCGAAGAUUGUGAUGACGGAAAGAAAAAGAAACGUAAAGAAGGAGAUGUUGGAAAGGAUACAAAAACUACGUCAGCAGCGCGUCUGCCAGGUCGUACUGAAAAGUCUAUCAAACAAACAUCGACCGCCAAGGGUUCACCGAAUCCUAGUAAAAAUGCGAAUGCAACAGAAAAAGAAGCGACUGAUUUGGCAAAAACUGGUUUUGCCAAACAAUUCGAAACUGAAGGUGAUGAUGAUGAAUUUAAAAUGUCAGACUCGCUUUAUAGUGGCGGUUUGAAAGUGCCGCCUCUAAAAAUUGUAAUUCCACAGCAGAACUGCUCUAUUGACACAGACGGCAAUGUAUCACGUACAGGUAAAAUCAACACAUCUCGUAAUGCUGCACUACCAUAUGUGGUAAGUUCAAAUACGAAUGAUGCCGGUGAACGUGAAGUCCAAUGUAGUAGUCCUCAUGAAAGUCCCAUAAAAAUUAAUAACAUUGGUAAUGUUAUAGAUGAAAAGAAUAGUAGUAAAUUAACAAAUGAAGAAAAAAAUCUGCAUCGUGUCUUACGUAGUUCACAUCGCAGCGGCAUUACCAGCGCUGAGCGUAGUUCGAACAAUUCAUCGCCGCAAUUGCAAAGUAGUUCACCAUCUCCAGCGUCAUCGAAUGCAAAUGAAGGUACCACAGAUAAUAAACUUACGUUUACGAACGUAAGUGCAAGUCCAUUGCAACAUAAUCAUACCUUUGAAAAUGAGAAUAUUGUGAAUUUACCAAGUCCAUCCACUUCGUCUACGUCGUCAUCAAAAGACGUACAUGCACAUAGUGUAGAAUUACAUCCGCGCAAACGUAAAAUACGAUCAAAACAUGAUGACAGUCAUAGUAACAAAAACAAUAGCAAUCAAAAUUCAAAUACAGAAGCAAACUCAUCCAUUUCUGAUACGCAUUCUCAUGACUUUCCAUUCACAAACUGUUUCCAAAUGUAUCUAAAUAUACGUAGACAAAUUGAAAAGAAAUGGCGUAACAUGUAUCCCGUCAAGCCGAGACCACCGCAAGGAUAUAGUGAAUAUUUGAUAAAUAAAAAGACCUAUCUCCUCGCAAGUAAUGAAAAGAAAAUUGAGCCUACAGCGCCGUCAACCAUACCUCCGAAAAUGCAGGAUAUCUACCGUUUACAAGAAAUCAAACGUAAUGAUUUGCUACAACGUCAUAUUGUGGAGCGUGAGAAAUUGUGUUUGAAUGUUGAACAGGAAAUGAUACGUGUGCAUUCAAAGGCAGCGCGUAACCUAUCAUGUCAACCGGUGCCAUAUUCCGUAUGUACGCUUCUUAAAGACGAAGAAGUCUAUAAUAUACCAACUUCCGAGCAAGAUGAAAAGGAUAAAAAUGCACGUUAUCGUUUUAACGGGCGGCAAUUACUUAGCUGGUUGCAAGAUGUUGACGACAAAUGGGAUAAAAUCAAGGAAGCUAUGGUUUUACGCCAUCAUAACGAGGCUGAAAGUCUGCAUGCCGUACAAAUGAUGGACUGGGAUAUUGCGCUGAAAAAGAACAAAUUAUGGGAUUACAAAUGUGAAACUUCAAUUGAUAAGGAUCAUGUACCCAUUGUACAUGUCAGUGAUGAUUUUGAUCUUUUACCAGCAUAAAUUUAACAAUAAUAAUAAAGUGAUAAAUCUUUUUUCUUUAUAUGAAUACAAAUA